GGCGAGGCGGAGGCUGAGCAGCGGGCGCUGCAGCAGCUGGGAUCGGGGAUGGCUCCGUGGGAAUCGGCGGCGACGGCCGGGGUCUCGCCGGCUCCCCCGCCGGGGGACGCGGCGGCCGCCCAGGGGAACCGCUCCGACCUCGGAAAUCAAGAUUUUCCUAAUAUUUUGGCAAGCCAUCGUUUAGAAAGUACUACAACUCACGCUGUCAGUGAUCACACAGGAAGUGGUGUGCAUCCAGAAUAUCUUGCUUAUGGGUUGGUUCCUGUCUUUUUCAUCAUGGGCCUUUUGGGGAUCCUCAUCUGUCACAUGCUUCAGAAAAAAGGGUAUCGGUGUAGAACAGAGGCCGAGCAAGAAAUUGAAGAGGAAAAACUUCGCGAAAAGAUAGAAAUGAAUGAAAGUGUAAAUGACAAUAACGAUACUGUGGGGCGAAUCGUCAACAUCAUUAUGAAAAAUGAAGCAAAUGCUGAUAUGUUAAAGGCCAUGGUGGCAGAUAACAGUGUGUGUGAUCCUGAAAGCCCUGUGUCUCCUACCACUCCAGGCAGUCCUACAAGUCCAGGCUCUCCUUUGUCACCAGGUGAUACUCCAUCAAAACAUAACUGUCGUGGCCAUCACUUGCAUACAGUUGGGGGAGUAGUAGAGAAGGAUGUUUGUAGUCGCUGUAGUCACAAAAGGUGGCACCUUUUAAAGCCAACCAACAAAUCUAAAGAACCAAGAAAAAGCCGACAAGGAGAAGUUACAGUACUUUCUGUGGGAAGAUUUAGAGUCACAAAAGUAGAGCACAAAUCUACAUCCAAAGAGCGGAAAAGCUUGAUGUCUGUUAAUGGUGUUGAAGGUGUCAAUGGAGAAGUGCCUGCCACACCUGUCAAACAUGGAUCAAGAGACGUUCCUGCCACACCUGUCAGACAAGGAGCAAGAGGGAGAACUGGCACAGAAUAACAGCACCAGAGCGCCAUGGAGAAAUGAUAUAAUUAAGAUGACCUAGUUACUCUAAGGUAACAAGGAGGAAGAGAAAACACACUGAGAAGAGGAGAAGAAGAAAAGACCCAGAGUAAGGAAUGUAAAUAAGCACUAAAACUCAAGCAACUCUUCUCUACCGGUUGACUUCCUAAAGCCUGUUCAAAAUAUUGAUCUGUAUUCUUGCUCAUUGUACUAUGGAUCAAACAGAUCUGAAUUCGGUGGCAGGGCUCAUGGUGCAUUCCUGCGCACAGUUUAGUCAUUCACAAUCAGGUUGUUAACCCCAGUAUAAUUGAAUUGUAUGCAUACAGGUUUUUGUGUUUUUUCCAAUUAAUUGUAAGUUUAAUUGUAAGGCAUCUGCUAUUUAUUUACAGUUCUGUUAAUCUAAAUACAUGGCAAUUACUUACAUUUGAGCAUGCUGAAAAAAGUCUGCACACAUACUGUUCAAGAUAUUAGUUUAAUAUAGUGUGCUAUCUUCUCCAGUCUGAGGAUCCUCCUCCCAAAUUGUGGGUUGUCCAGACACUGGUGUUAGAGUAGCCUGUAAACUGCUUUAAUCUGUCUGUUGCCAGUGACCCUCUGGGCCCUUACAGCAGCCAGGAAUUUUCCAGAUAAAGGAAUGUUCCUGGUCUUGCAACACUUUUUUUUCCUCACCAGAGCCCCUCUAGCUGGAAUUAAGGGUGGCCUAGGAGCUCAGUGAUCAAGAGAUCAUUCAGUGGCCAGUUAAGCUGGACUCAGGAUUGUUUUGUGCACCCAAAGUGGUGCAGAGCAGCUCCAAUAUAGCAGUGAAUCAGGCCACUUGUCAUGAGUGGCGUUCCGUUGCAUUGUCAACAAUGUACUUAAAGUAACUUUUGUAAAGGAAAACCAACAGUCUGUCAGUUUUAUUGUGGGGUAAAUAGUUUUGUUUGUCGCAGAUGGAGUUUUUAGAAGUGUUUGAUAACGUGCUGAAACUGAAAACUUAGGAGAUGUACUAUUAUAGGAAAUGUAUUUAUGUCACUGUAGCUCUUUAUAGUUUCUGUGAAUGAAUCUAUGCAGGGGUAGGUCCUAAAUACUUAAGAUUUGUAGCCAAUAAAACAUUUCCAGUCACUGAUAUAGUGUUGGAUCCUGUGGUCGGCAGCCUAUUCGUUUGCCUUCAUCUUGCAAAGAAAAAUUCAUGUAACCCUUGGGGAAAGCAAAAGUUUUUCUACCAAAACUUCCUCACUGCUGUGUCCAAAUUAAAAUAUUUAAUGAGCUCAGCAAUGUAAACAAUGGAAAACAUAGGCAGGUUGUAUUAUAUCGGGACAGCUUUAUCCUUUAUUUCCAAAUAAGAAACUUAUGGCAUGGUGGCUAUCAUGGUUACAGGGAUAACUGCACUUUUGACCACUGUCUGGUCUCAGAGCGUUACCUCCUCAGGUCCCGAGCCUGAGGUGUUUACUUCCCCUGGGGUGGUGAUUCUCCCACAUUUAGAGUGGGUCAUGGGCUACAUUGGAUCAAGUAUGCUUAUGCCAGCAGGUCCAACUACAUUCAGCACCUGCUGGUCUUCUUUUGGGAGCUUGUUACCAGUGGCAAAUACAAUGACCAGACAGCCUUCUGUAAACAAAAGUUUUUUAAUCUUAACAGUUAGCAACAAAGUAAAACGUAAGAGAGAGGAUUUUUAAACAACAAAA